UUAAUUAUUGUUUUUAUCCUCCACCUUUAAAAUGCAUAAUUGACCAAAAAAAAGAAAAAAAAAAAAACAGGCAAUCUUUGUGUCGGUUGUUGAUGGCACGACGCACUGGCUCGACUUGGUUUGGGCAGGUCUUGCGCAGAGUCUCUCGGCUGCAGGGCACCUGGUCCCGGCGAUCGAGUAGCCUCUUGUGUCUUUCCUCUUCUCAGGACCACGAACAGGGAGCCGAUUGUAGGGACCAGCAGUGUCUCCACCACACCAGCGCCGGUUGCCCCCUUCGUCACCAACGCCACUGCGAUUUCUACCUCCCUGGGUCCAAUCGCUUCCAGAGCCUCCCCAGCUGCUGCUGCGCGUUCUUGGAGAAUCCGAGGGGACAUGAUCCCCUCACUCAUCGAUUCCUGGUGGCCAUGAAGCGGCAGAACGUGCGGACCCUGUCCCUGAUUAUCUGCACGUUCACCUAUCUCCUGGUCGGGGCAGCGGUGUUCGAUGCCCUGGAGUCUGAUUACGAAGUGAGAGAGAACGAAAAGCUGGAGACCGAGGAAAGACGUCUCCAAGGGAAAUACAACAUCAGUAAGGAGGACUAUGAGCAGCUGGAGACGAUCAUAAUGGAGGCCGAGCCUCACAGGGCUGGAGUUCAGUGGAAAUUUGCUGGCUCUUUCUACUUUGCAAUCACGGUCAUCACCACUAUAGGUUAUGGGCACGCUGCUCCUGGCACAGAUGCUGGCAAGGCCUUCUGCAUGUUCUAUGCAGUGCUGGGAAUUCCCCUAACUCUGGUCAUGUUUCAAAGCCUUGGAGAACGCAUGAACACCUUCGUGAAGUGCCUCCUGAAGCGGAUCAAGAAGUGCUGUGGCAUGCGGAGUACCGACGUGUCCAUGGAGAACAUGGUGACGGUGGGCUUCUUCUCCUGCAUUGGCACCCUGUGCAUCGGGGCUGCAGCUUUCUCCCACUACGAGGACUGGAGCUUCUUCCAGUCCUACUACUACUGUUUCAUUACAUUGACUACCAUAGGCUUUGGGGAUUUUGUAGCCUUGCAGAACAAGCAAGCCCUCCAGAAGAAGCCCCUGUACGUGGCCUUCAGCUUCAUGUACAUCCUGGUGGGGCUGACAGUCAUUGGAGCCUUCCUCAACCUCGUGGUCCUGCGUUUCCUGACCAUGAACAGUGAAGAUGAGAGGCGGGAUGCCGAGGAGAGGGCGUCCUUGGCAGGUAACCACAACAGUAUGAUCAUCCACAUCCAGGAAGACUUGCAGCAUGGGCGGCAGCGGUACAAAGCGGAGGUGACUGAUCUCCAGUCCGUCUGCUCUUGCAUGUGCUACCGGUCCCAUGAGUUUACCAGCCGGGGGGUGCUUUCCCACCAGAACUCGUUCAGCUCACAGCUGAACCCCCAGUACUUUCACUCUGUCUCCUACAAGAUCGAGGAAAUCUCACCGGCCACCUUGAAAAAUAACCUUUUCCCCUCUCCCAUUAGUUCAGUUUCCCCAGGUAUCCACAGCUUCGCGGACAAUCACCGGCUUAUGAAAAGGAGGAAAUCAAUUUGAGCCUACAACUUAUUAUUGUUUGUUUAUUUGUUUAUUCCAAAACCUCUAUUUCUUCUUAAACUUUUCAAUUCGUUUUUGGUUUCUGUUUCCCCAAGUGAAGUGAGGGAUGUUAAAGAGUACAUGCAACAUAAAAAAAUACGGAAGUGAAACCCAAGCAUGAAGCAUAUGGAUGAUUACUACUCCAGAGGAACAGGGACAUUAGAAAAAAAAAAGAAGAAAAAACGCCUUAUAUUAACCAUUUCUGGUGGGCUAAAAUCAUGAAUAUCACCUAUGGUACCAAACCAAAAGCUGCACAUGAGCCUGAAGGGGAAUAUUGAACAGAUCACGAUUAUGAGUGAUUUCACUAUAGAGUGUCCUGGUUAAGCGAAUACAAAACAACUUAAAGAGCAUCAGGUAUUAUUUUCUAUGAGCAAUUAUAUUUAGACUGGUUGCUUUAAAGUUAAGAUAAAACAAAGAUUUAAAAAGCCAAAAUUGUGUUGGCACUCACAGCACGUGCAUUAGAGGCAGCUGUAUAGCAGACAUGCCAUGUGGUGAUUUCAUCUGAUUGAUUUACUUACGGAUUUAUUUAUUUAUUUAUUUAUAUUUUUUA